CUCCAUAGUACGCAUAUAAUUAACACUGGUCCAACCAAUCCGUGCCAUGGUGAAGUCAUCACGCACACUCAAAUUUCCAACCCCAGGAAAGAAUCCUGAUAGUGCAGUUCCGGCGUAGAGAUAAUAAUUUAGUUUCUCUUGUUUUUUUAAUGAAUUUGAAAUAUAUAUUUCUGAGUUUAUUAGGUAGGUUUUAUAUAAUUACUGCCAUUUCUUGUUGACUUUUUUUAUUAAUUGUUUCUCUUAUUAUAAUCCUACAGAAUUUAUCAACAAUUAUGUUCUUUCAUCUAUAUAAACCCCUCACCUUCUUUUAUGCACAGCACCUUAUAUUCUCACUAUUCUUCUAAAUUACCUCUCAUCCUCUAAACCAUUAUUUCUCUGUUUUUCUCUCUGCAAUCACCAUGGCUGGUGCUCUCAUCAAUGAUCUCAUCAACUUGGACCUCACUCCUGUUACCGAUAGCAUAAUUGCUGAAUACAUAUGGAUUGGUGGUUCAGGCACUGAUAUGAGAAGCAAAGCAAGAACUCUACGGGGACCAAUUACUGAUCCAAAACAGCUUCCAAGAUGGAACUACGACGGUUCCAGUACCGGUCAAGCUCCCGGAGAAGACAGUGAAGUCAUCCUAUAUCCUCAAGCUAUAUUCAAGGAUCCAUUCAGAAGAGGAAACAAUAUUCUGGUUAUCUGUGAUGCUUAUACUCCAGCUGGCGAACCUAUUCCAACCAACAAGCGAUUUAGUGCCGCUCAGAUUUUCAGUCAUACUGACGUGGAAAAAGAAGUUCCAUGGUAUGGCCUUGAGCAGGAAUACACUCUCCUACAGAAGGACAUCAACUGGCCACUGGGUUGGCCAGUGGGUGGCUUCCCCGGUCCACAGGGACCAUACUAUUGCAGUACUGGAGCUGAUAAGGCAUUUGGUAGAGAGGUAGUUGAUGCUCAUUACAAAGCAUGUCUUUAUGCGGGUAUUAACAUCAGUGGUAUCAAUGGUGAAGUUAUGCCUGGACAGUGGGAGUUCCAAGUUGGUCCAUCUGUUGGCAUUUCUGCUGGUGAUGAGCUAUGGGCAGCUCGUUACAUUCUUGAGAGGAUUACUGAACUUGCUGGGGUUGUUCUCUCACUAGACCCUAAGCCAAUUAAGGGUGACUGGAAUGGUGCUGGUUGUCACACAAACUACAGCACGGCCACCAUGAGAGAAGAAGGUGGUUAUGAGGUGAUCAAGUCUGCAAUUGAGAAACUCGGUUUAAGACACAAGGAGCAUAUUGCUGCCUACGGGGAAGGCAAUGAAAGAAGGUUGACCGGUCACCACGAGACCGCCGACAUGAAUACCUUCUCAUGGGGUGUGGCAAACAGGGGUUGCUCUGUCCGUGUUGGACGUGACACUGAAAAAGAUGGCAAAGGUUACUUCGAAGACAGGAGGCCAGCCUCGAACAUGGACCCAUAUGUGGUGACUUCCAUGGUUGCCGAAACUACCAUCCUAUGGAAGCCAUAGAAAGAAGGGAAGAAUUAAACAACAUAAAGAAGGAAAAAGACCCGGUCUGGAGAUUGAGACACCAUUUGUGUUUAUUGCAAAAUUAUUGCUUCUGUUGCUUAUAAUUUCCUGCUUUGCAUAUCAUUUGAAUUUUCUCUUUUGUUCUAAGUGUGUUUCGUGACUUGGGGUGAUUUUCAAUCCUGUCACUUUAUAAUAUGUAUAAAUAAUUUCUCCGAGAGCACGCUGUGUUCCGUUAAGCAAAUUGAAAAAAGAAACAUGUCUCACUUGCUGCA